AUGGCUUCGGAAUUAGAUACGGCAAAAGCCGGCUGAAUCCUGAUAAGAGGAAGACUAUGCAGGAGAUUGUCUGCGGGUGCUCGGGGAAACCCCUCCGCGAGAAUGCCAGAUCUUGUAGAUGCGAGUGCCCUGCAAUGAUUAGGCUGUUGAGGACAUCUGACAAUGGGUGGUACAUCACGGAGCAUCGAGUAAAUCAUAACCAUGUGAUGACGCUGAAUUGUGGUGAAAUGCUGCACUGGCCAUCUCACAAGCACAUCGACGGCUACACUAGAGACCUUGUUAGGAACCUUAGGAAGAACAACAUCAACCUGAGCAAGGUGUACAACAUCAUCGGAGGAUUCUUUGGUGUUCGAAGUUUGAAUGCUAUAAGCCAUGUAAUCUCAACUAUCUCUCCCUCUAUCCCGUAUCCUUAUCUGUCUCUUUCUCUUGUAACGGGAUGAAUCCUAGCGAUCGUUCUAUCUUGUAACCUACGACAGGUCUUC